AUGGAUUUGGUUUUGACUGCGGUGGUAUUGAGUUUAGUGAUGGUUUUAGCUGUAGUUGUGGCUAGACACUGUAGCCAAAAAUUGCGUGACAAGAACAAGAGAUACCAUCCUGUGGCCGGAACUGUCGUGCACCAACUUAUCUACUUUUCUAGGAUACACGAUUACAUGACCGCGCUUGCAUGCAAGUACAACACCUACAGGAUACUCGACUUUUUCAAAGGUGCGGUUUACACAGCAGAUCCUGCAAAUGUGGAAUACGUGCUCAAAACAAACUUCACCAACUAUGGCAAGGGGACGUUUAUAUACAACAUUGUGUCGGAUGUCGUCGGCGAUGGGAUCUUCGGAGUGGAUGGGCAAAAAUGGCAGCAUCAGAGGAAGAUGAUGAGUGCUGAAUUCUCAACAAAAGUAGUGAGAGACUUCAGUACGGCAGUUUUCAAAACCAAUGCAGUUAAACUUGCCGGCAUAAUUUUUAAAGCUGCAACCAGCGACAAAGCAAUAGAGAUCCAAGAUUUAUUUAUGAAAGCAACCUUAGACUCAAUCAUAAAGAUUCUACUUGGUAUCGAACUAGACAGCAUGAGCGGAAAAGAUGAAGAAGGUAAAGGGUUUUCUCAUGCUUUCGAAUCGCAACAAGAAGCUGCCCUGUAUCGGAAUGUUGAUAAAUUCUGGAAGAUCAAACGCUUCUUGAACAUCGGCAAGGAAGCACAGCUAAAGAAAAACAUCAAAGUGGUUGAUCAAUUUGUGUAUAAGUUGAUCGAUAACAAGAUUGAAGCUCUGCAAAGUCCAGAAAACAACCUAUCUCUGAAGAAAAGAGACUUGGUUUCAAGGCGUUUGGAAUUGAAAGAUACUGAUCCAAAGUACUUGAGAGACAUAGUCCUCUGUGUUACAGUCGCCGGACAAGACACGACAGCUUGCACUCUUUCAUGGUUUGUUUAUAUGAUGUGCAAGCACCUUCACAUACAAGAAAAGAUUGCAAAGGAAGUUAGAGAAGUAGCAAAUUUGAAAGAUGAUUUAAGAGUUGAUGAGCUUGCAGCGAGCCUUACAGAUGAAGCCCUUAACAAAAUGCAAUAUCUACAUGCAGCUUUGACGGAAACAUUAAGACUCUACCCUGUAGUUCCAAUGAACAAUAGGAUGUGUUUUUCUGAUGAUACCUGGCCAGAUGGAUUUAGUGUAAAAAAGGGUGACAUGGUGGUAUACCAACCUUAUGCAAUGGGAAGGAUGAAAUCUCUUUGGGGUGAUGAUGCAGAAGAGUUUCGGCCAGAGAGAUGGCUCGACGAAAAUGGCCUUUUCCAGGAUGCAAGCCCUUACAAAUUCAUAGCCUUCAGUGCCGGUCCGAGAAUUUGUUUAGGAAAGGAACAUGCCUAUACACAGAUGAAGAUUUUUUCUGCUGUGGUUUUAGGCAGCUAUAUAUUCAAGCUUGCUGAUGAGGAAAAAAUUGUCAAUUACAAGACAAUGAUCACCCUACCAAUUGAUGGAGGUCUCUAUGUGAAUGCCUCCCCAAGAUUAUUGCAUGCAAGACCUUAA